CACUUGAUGACGACAUGUUUCCACGACUUGUAGUUCCCGUUUAGCAGUUUUGUGGGUAAGCUAAAAGAAGAUGCUCUUCAAUUAAAUCAUUUUUAAUUUAGGCAAGCACAGCUGUGAAUGUACAGUUUCAUUAAAACGAGUCACUGAUAAACAAGAAACAUUUCAAAUCGGUGAGAAGCGGACUGAAGCUGUAACACGUGUUGUGGUGUAGUUCGGUGCUUCUGUUCGACUGGAGCUGUCGGUAUGGCUGGCGGCAGGAUGCAGUUGGAGCUGUCCCGGGUGGUUCAGGGAAGAAGUCGUCUGGGUGUCCUGAAGGGACUCGGCAGGACGGGGCAGCACUCUCUGGAGGUCCCUGGGUGUUUGCUCUAUACACACUUUGGGACGGUCCCCCAUCUCACCCAGGACACGCUACACACUCUGAGGAACCUGCCCUCAGUCACUCAGGUCACUCUGUCCAAUAUAGCAGAGCACCAGGAAGUGUUGGAGGAGUUUAAGGAUGGAUUCAGGAAGUUUGCAGGUCUUCAUGAUACUGUGUUGUACUGCUCGCUUCACGACCCUGCGGCGCUCUGCCCCACAGGUUAUACCACCAACAAGACGGUGUCAGUGUGGGGCAGCGGUGGGCGGAUCGAGCUGACGGUGGCCAAGUUCAUGGCUCUGCAGAAGACCGUGCAGCCCGACUGGUACCAGAGCAUGGCGGACGGAGAGACCUGGCAGAACAGCACGUCACGGAAAAGGGUCCGAAAGUCGGUGGAUCGAACUCUCGCUCACUUGGAUGAGUGUCUGCUGGUGCACCAGAAAUCACAGGAGUUGGACGGAGUAGAGGUGUUCGGGGUGGUGGAGGGAGGAGACAUCUUGGAGGAGAGGGUUCGCUCAGCCAGAGAAACAGCCAAGAGGCCUGUAGCAGGAUUCUGCCUGGACGGCCUCCAGACGGGCUCCAUGGACCAGAGACUGAGGACUCAGCUCAUCACUGCUGUGAACAAGGAGCUACCUGAGGACAAACCCAGGCUGCUGCAGGGUAUCGGCAGACCUGAUGAGGUGCUGGCGUGCGUUGAGGCCGGUGUGGAUCUGUUCGAGAGUUUUUUCCCCUUCCAGGUGACGGAGCGAGGAUGUGCUCUCUGCUUCAGCUUCGACAUCUCCCCGGACCCCGAGCGCGCAGGUAGAGCGCCCCCUGAAGUGCUGGAGCAGAGCGAAGAGAAGGAUGCAGCGGGGGACAUAAAACAGAAUGGAGAUCUUAAUCAUGAUGAUCAAACACAAAUGACAUCUUUUGAGAUCAAUCUCAAAGACAAGAGGUACCAGGAUGACUUCAAGCCGCUGGUAGAGGGGUGUGGCUGCUACUGCUGUAAGAACCACCAGAGGGCGUACCUGCACCACCUGCUGGUGACCAAUGAGCUUCUGGCUGGAGUCCUCCUCAUGAUCCAUAACACCUCCCACUAUCAGGGCUUCUUCAGUGCCCUGAGAGAAGCUCUGGCCGAAGACAAGCUGGACCUCCUAAAGACACGGGUGCUUAGGGCUGGAGCCCAGCAGACGGAAAGAGACGAACAAGAUGGAUAAAAGAGAGAGAUAGUGGAGGGAUUGAUUUGAGGGAACGUGGGAGGAAGGGCUCUUCUUUGCUGGAGUGGCGUGGCCAGAGGCAAUCAUGAGCACUGUCUUCCUCUGUCAAGGCAAGUCACAGGAUGAACUGUGAUACUGGAGAGACCUUGAGAGUGACUCACUCCACAUGUUGCCAAAGCCAUGUCUCUGGUUAAAAGAGGAGGAUAAAAGGAUGAAAAGAGCGGAGGGAGAGAGAAGUUGGUGCCCUGUCUCACAUCAGGAGGACCACUACCUUUAACUCGUGUAUUGAUCUGAGCAGAUAGCCAGGAGACAGACAGAGUGAGGGUGGGAUGGCGGGAGAAAAAGAGGAGCAGAAUGAGAAGUCAGGAGGAAUUUGCAUAGAAGUAAAAUUGUGUGGAUGGAUGACGGUGAACUAUUGGAGAUGACUGAAUCUCUGUUGUGACCUGAUUGCAGGUCAGUGCAUGGCUAAUGUCUUUUGACCUCAGUGACAGCAGCACACACCAGAGGGGGAGAACCAAUGAGGGUGAUCAAUCAUUACAAAGAUUUACUUUUUUAUACCUCAGUAGACACCACUUUUGUAAUUUUUUAUUUUACAUAAAUAGGUGAUGUAUAAAAUCAGAUUUCCCAGAGAUUGUGUUUCUCUUUUUGUCAUUUCAUACUUUAUGGAUCUGCCCUCCUUUUGAGCAUCAAGAAUAUUUUUUUCAUGUUUCACUUGGAUACCUCCAUUAAAACGAGCUUCUCUCAUA